UAAAUGGAAUCAACUCAAAAUAUAGCGGUAGAAGAGAUGAAGAUUUUGAAAGCUUAUGAGAGCUUUUGUAUAGGUCUCAACGGAAUUUCAGAAUUGUCAGUAAAGGUUGUCAUUGGGUCAUCCAAGGGAUACUUUUCAUUACUUAGAGUUCUCGGUUUGAAUGAGAAAUUCAUCAGAAAAAUACUUAAGACUGAUCUUAUUGCUGAACUUGUUCCUGAUAUUACCUAUUCCUUUGACGAAGAGCAAAGAAAGAGACAAAUAGGAGAUGAUUAUUUUUUAUCACGAAGAAUUAAAUAACAUAAAAAUGAUGCCAGUUACAAGUGGAAUUGCGAUUAUGCCAAAAUAUUUGAUCAAAUCCCUUUCAAAAAGCAUACCAAAGGUGAUCAAUAAUAUUGAAAUAUUGAAAGUGAAGUUAAAAGAAAAGGACUUGCUGAUGAUAUUAGCAAAUUUAAGCCGUUCCUAUCAACUUCUUUUAGAAGGGUGUUUACUUCCUUGCAUUAAACCAGAAAGAAAAUUUUAUUCAGCUCCAUCAAUUUCAAGAUUAUCCUUAGAUUCAUGAUUGGAUCACAAACAAAACAAACUAAAAAGCAAUGGGCAAGAAAUGAGAUCUCUCUUCAACUUCAUCAUGACUACACCCCUCUCCACCUCCCUCCAAAACAUCAACCUCGACUACAUAUUCCCAAAACCCGAUGCUCUAUCCCUCCAAAAAACAUUCAAACUCGACCACAUCACCUUCACCGGCUACUGCCCUAAAACCUUCAAAAAAUUCUAGCCCAAGUCCUCUGCACUAAAAGACCAUUUCUAUAAAAAUUUCA